AUGGCACAUUCUUUUGACGUUCCGCUGCAGUCGCGAAUCGUGGACGAUAAAUCGCCCAUCUGCAUCCCAUUCAUCCUGUCACGAAUCGAGACCUACCAAAAACAGCACCCAAACACCUCCCGGCCAUUCAUCAUCGGCCUGAACGGGGUCCAAGGGGUAGGCAAAACGACGCUGGUGCGGGCCCUGGCCGAGACCCUGCAGAGCCGGGAGGGGCUCCCGACGCUUGUCGUGAGCAUCGACGAUUUCUACCUGACGCAUGCCGACCAGCUAGCCCUGGCGGCGGCCAACCCGGACAACCAGCUGGUGCAGUAUCGUGGGGAACCCGGAACCCAUGAUGUUCCCCUGUUGACCUCCUUCCUCUCCUCACUCACAUCACCCUUCCCUCCCGAGGGCAUCCACGUCCCCAGCUAUGACAAGUCUCUAUUCUCCGGCCUAGGCGACCGCGCACCUCCUUCAACCUGGACUCAUAUCACCUCCCCACCCAAGAUUGUGAUUCUUGAGGGCUGGCUCGUUGGAUUCCGUCCGCUGUCGCCUGUUGCUCUUGAAGCCAAGUAUUGUUCCCCGACCAGCAAGACGCUUCACCGGCACUUGCCGGCUCAUUUGAUGUUUAUCAACUCCUGCUUGGAGAAGUAUCAACAGAUAUGGGACCAGUUUGACGCCUUCGUGCACGUUGAUGCCGAGGAUCUAGGCUGGGUGUAUGAGUGGAGGAUCCAGCAGGAGCAAGGCCUGCGGCGAGAGAAGGGGGUCGAAGGUGGCAUGACGGAUGAGCAGGUAAGGAAGUUUGUGGAUUGCUACUUCCCAGCUUAUGAGUUGUACAUCGACGGGAUCAGGAACGGGGUGCUUGGCGAGAGGAAAAAGGCGUGCCAGCUGAGGUUGGUGGUGGGGAGAGACAGAGCGGUCAAGGAAUCUUUGGUGAUUUGA